AUGAAGUCAUCUGAGACUCGAACAUCUGCACGACCAUCCCAGCGACGCCGCCGACCACGAGCGACAUUCUACGAUCUACCAGGUGAACUGCGCAACAAAGUGUACAGACUUGAACUCGUGAAGGACCGCACCAUCUAUCUCGAUGCUGAUCAACUUGAGCUUCUUCAACAAGGCAACCCUGCAUUGCUCAGGUCAAGCGACCGGAUCAACAAAGAAUGCCAGCGCAUAUACUUCGAAGAAAACAUAUUCUGCUUCACUGACCAGUCUCUCAACGGCGACGGCAUCUCUAUUUUCCGCCACGCCAUGGGUGAUGCGUUCGAGUACCUUCAACAGAUCAAAGUCUCACGCACAUACCGAAUCGGCGAUAUGAGACCUAUCACGAUUCGAUUCCGCGCAUACACUCAGUCAGUCACCGAAGGUCGCAGAACGCGGACCAGAAUCAUCAUCGAGCGACCGCAGAACGAGAACCUGCCCUUUCCUGGCAUCAGGUCCAAAAUGCGAGGUAAGUUCAAGGAGCCGUGUCGUUGUGAGGUGGACGCGAUGGCACGGUCGUGGCAAUUUCCGGGCGAAUCUGGUGGCUGGAUGUUAUUCUCCUUCUUGGAGGAAUACAUCCAAUACAUCACCUCGACAGCAGAGCAUGCGCAAAUCGAGACUUGCAAGAAGUGCAACAGUGUCAGGCGUACUUGA